UGCCAUACUGUCUUGUAGGAGACGAAGCGUUUCCUUUAAAACCAUAUAUGCUUCGCCCUUAUCCAGGCAAGAAUGGGCUGUCACAGGAACAGGACAUAUUCAAUUAUCGGUUAACCCGUGCGAGAAGGAUGAUCGAAAGUAUUUUCGGCAUUCUAGCCAGCCAGUGGCGAAUAUAUCGCAAACCAAUUAUUGCAUUUCCACAAAAUGCUAAAUUGAUGGUGCAGGCGACAGUUUGUUUGCAUAAUUGGAUCCGCAAAGACGACAUUGAUAAAAAUGUUUACGUUCCUGCGGAUAUGGUGGAUCAAAUUCAUCCCGAUGAUCCAAAUAGCUUCACACCAGGUUCUUGGCGAAGAAUCAUUGAAGAUGGCUGCGCUUUUCGAGACAUCAGUCGUUGUGGUUCGAAUACCAGUGCGCGAAAUUGUAUCCAGAUGCGUGAUGAAUUUCGUGAUUAUUUUUGUAAUGAAGGAGCAGUGCCUUGGCAAAAUGACCGACAUAAAUAA